CGCUCCGCCCUGUCUGACGUUCAGCUUGCAACCAUGUCGGCGGCCGCGCGCAGACGUCAGGCUUCUGGCGUGAAGGGAGAAGCCCCCGCCGCAAAAGCAGCAGCAGCAGCAGCAGCUCGCGGAGAUGAGGAGCCGGGCAUGGCGGCGGCGCCCAGCCUCACCGUCUGCCUCAAGCUGCUGGCGGCUGCCUUCUACGGCUUCAGCUCCUUCCUCAUCGUCGUGGUCAACAAGAGCGUCCUUACCAGCUACGGAUUUCCUUCCUCGCUGUGUGUGGGACUAGGCCAGAUGUUGGCUACGGUGGUUGUCCUCUGGGUGGGAAAGGCACUCAGGGUGGUGAAGUUUCCAGACUUUGACAGAAAUAUACCUCGAAAGACUUUUCCACUACCUCUCCUGUAUUUCGGGAACCAAAUCACAGGACUGUUCAGCACAAAGAAAUUGAACCUGCCAAUGUUUACAGUCCUGAGACGCUUUUCCAUUCUGUUUACAAUGUUUGCAGAAGGAAUUCUACUCAAGAAGAAAUUUUCAUGGAGAAUUCAGAUGACAGUAUUUGCAAUGAUAAUUGGUGCAUUUGUAGCUGCAAGUUCUGAUCUGGCAUUUGAUCUGGAAGGCUACGUGUUUAUCCUGAUUAAUGACGUCUUGACAGCUGCAAACGGUGCAUACGUAAAACAGAAACUAGAUUCCAAGGAGCUGGGAAAAUAUGGCCUUCUAUAUUACAAUGCACUGUUGAUGAUUCUCCCUACCUUGGCCAUUGCCUAUUUUACCGGAGAUGCGCAAAAGGCAAUGGAAUACAAAGGCUGGUCAGACACACUUUUCCUUAUACAGUUUACACUGUCAUGUGUAAUGGGGUUUAUUUUGAUGUAUUCCACAGUACUUUGUACUCAGUAUAAUUCUGCCCUUACAACUACAAUAGUUGGUUGUAUUAAGAAUAUUUUAAUAACCUACAUAGGAAUGUUCUUCGGAGGGGAUUAUAUUUUCACAUGGACAAACUUUGUAGGACUAAAUAUCAGUAUUGCUGGAAGCCUGGUAUAUUCUUACAUCACCUUUACAGAAGAGCAACUGAACAAACAGUCUGAAGUUAGCAUCAAGAUGGAUAUUAAAGGGAAAAGCUCUGUAUGACAAAAGGGUCACUUACCAACAGUAACUCUUGAUUUUCAGCCGUGAUUGCUGACAAUCACUGGAAUGUGCAGUAUUUCUGAAUAGAAUUGUAUGUGCAAAUGGAGAGUACCCAAUACGAAGAUUGCUCAUUGCCUUUUAGAAUGAGAUAUUUAACUAUAAUAACCAGAUGUACAUUUUGUGCUAGCACUAGGCUGAAAGGAAUAAGGCUUAAAUCAUCACAGCCUAUCACCAUCUGGGAAGACAAAUAUUUCUAAUGCUCUAUAAUAGCAUUUAUAAUCUUGACUGGAGCAAGAAAAUGUGUCCUAAAUAUUUCAAAAUGAACUGAGGCUAUUGUGCUGAAAGGCCCAGUGUUAUCUUAUGCUGAGUGAAUUGAGUCAUCAAUCAAUUUCUCAUAGAAAUGCAGCAUAGACUGUUGUAACUAAGGAUGCAAUUCAGAUCACUUAAAUCCCAAUGAAACUUUUCUGCCCACAGUAAAGUAUUAGAGUAGCAUUAACUACAGCAGCAUUUAUACCUAAGAGGCUUGUAAAGCACAGUAGUUAGGUGGGAUAUUUGAGCCAAGGAAAGUGUAGGAGAUGGCAGAGCGAUGCAGGGCAAAUCUUAAAGCCUAGCAAGACUUCUAUUGUGCAUAAAAUUGGACAGCAAGAAUAAUUUCUGUUGCAGCUAUAAAAUGAUUUAAAUCAUUUUCUUAUUCAAGAAUCUGCAAGAACAAAUGGAUUCCUUUGGCAAGGAAUUCUUUUCAUAACAUUGUAAUGCCCCCAGUAUGAAUCCCCCUUUAAAUUCAGACUCAUCUGCAAAAAUGAAUCUAACUCUUAAGCAAGUUAUAACUUAAAACAUUGUAACUAGGUAGCCGAAACUGUUGGGACUAAGUAGCUAAAGACAAUUCAGAUGUAAAAAAAUAUUGAACCAGUGCCAUGCAAAUUCAGUUAUUUGUAAUAAUUAUAUUUAAUAAAGUUAUUUGUA